GCUGACAAUGCAACAAGAACAUAGAGCAGUCAAAGAUUCUUCAGCAGACAAACUUGUAAAAGAGCAGGAAGAUAGUUUGCGACGAAAAUAUGGUAAUUUGCCGGACAAGAGGCAUCUUCUCCAGCAGCGACUCAAGGCAAACCAUAUGCAUGAACGAAAAUUCUUUGACUCUGCAGAUGCAACAUUGGCUAAGCAAGGUAAAGAGCUGGCUGAGGAAGUUGGUGUGGAGCAUGCUUAUCCAACUUCAGAGGACGAAUGCUCAGAUGGCAGCUCUCGUUCAAGUGGAAGCUCUUCUAGAAACCCUCAAACUUUAGCUAAACACCAACAGCACCUGGAAACAGGUCCCACUCAAGCAGAUCCACAGCCAGAAGACUCUGUAAAGUAGAUAGAUUGGAGAGUACUGAAGAUAAGUAUGCUAUUGUUUGAAUCUAUCUAUCCCUCCUCCACGAGAAGAAUACGACUUUGAAAUACGCGACAGAGCC